AUGGCCAGGAAACAGGCUACGAAGUCUCGCCCCACCACUGUUGUCAAACAGCUACAAGUGAGCAAGCAGAAGACGUCCACAGCAACUAUCGAGACGUCGACAGAUCAGGCAGUUGAUGUGAAGCAAAGCACUGAGUUGGUCCAAACUCUCGUACAUGCGGCAGUCAGCAGCCUUGCCUUCCUCCGACACCUGUUCGGUGAGCACUGUUUCGACGACCAGCUAUACGAGGUCGACACUUCGAAGCAAACAUACGAAGACUAUGCCAACGGACUCAAUCAAGCACAGGACAAACCUGGUGUAUCCCGUUUCCGAGUCCUCAAACGGGGCAGAAGCGAGCGUGUCGAUCAGCUUCUGGACUGGCUGGAAAAAGGUGCUUUCGAUGCUCUAAAGCGGAACAUUCUCCAUGGUUUGCAGCUCUCGAUCUUUGAGGAUCCAAAGCAGCCCUCGAAUGUUGUUGAGCUCUAUACUUUUACUUUUCACUACACUAUAUCUAAUCAAGGGUCACGUACGCUCUCUGGCAUGGAAGUGGCUGGACCUGGAGGCAAGAAGAUCACUGUUAAGACAGCCAAAUUAGCCAUGCACACGCUCAUUCGUCAAGUGGUCCUGCUCUGUGGGACGAUGCCGGCUCUGCCCCGAUCCAGGUUCGUUCGAAUGCAUCUGUUCUAUACCGAUGACCGCCCUGAACAAUACGAACCCCCAGGGUUUCAAAAAGCAGCAGGAACCUGCAUCUUCUUCCCCAAUGCCAAUUGGAAGACGACAAGUUCAACGUGUGGUCCGAUGGACGCUGGCUUUCACAAGGUUUCCUUGAAAAUCUCACACAUCCUUCCCUCCGAUUCCUCGGCUGGUGACCAGGAGCAAUUUACCAUUCCACAGAAACUGACCUACACAAAACUCGCGAGGAGAGAGGACGACAUUGUCGCUGACUCCAAAGCAAGACAGUCGGGUCUGACUCAAUCAACUGGAGAGGUUCUUGAGCAGGGUCAACCCUUGCACGGUGGGUUUCUUGAAGUGGAACGUCUGCAACAAAAAUCUGCAAUUCCCAUGGCGCAAGCUUCUCUACCAAAGCCGGGAGAAGCUGAUAUCCAUUCCCUCAAUGAUGCUUCCAGUCCUACAUCAAGCUGCUCUUCCGAGGAAGAUCUUGAUAUUAUCUUAAAGUCGACGCAAGUGAACUCCCGACUACUAAUUAACACAUCGACGUUAGGGGAGACGCAACCAGUACAGGAAGCGGAGGUACCGGUAGAUAAUGAGGGCUUGGGAUUGCUAGGAGAGUCGAGCAAGACCGUAGCACCUUCCCUUCGACCGGAAGACCUCCGAAUCAAGGAGCGCCUCCAGCGCAUGCUCAACCCACCAAACCAGGAACAUGACACCCAGGACACCCUGAAGCAAGUCGAAUCUAUCCACAAGUUGUUGGUCGCGGGUGGUCCUUCGCAGCAAAUUCAGCUCUCGCAGACCAAAAUUCGGCAAUUGGAGAGCCGGCGGAGCAAUUUACUUCCUCCACGGCGGAGGGCAACGAAUCUACGAAGGAGAUCCCAAUCACUAGGAACAGGAAGCGAAGGCGAUGUCAUCAAAUGCCAAUGCGGACAUGAUGAAGAAGAAGAUGACAUGAUUAACUGCAGCUUCUGCGAUACAUGGCAACAUCUUCACUGUUAUGGAUAUCGGGGAUCAGAGGACCAGAGAAUACCAGCUGUUCAUGCUUGUUAUGACUGCUUGCUGCAAGGCAAGGAGCAUGAGCUUCUCCGCGAGCUGCGAUAUCUGGCGUUAUGCCGACGUGGUAUUCGCUUCCUUGAAGCACAUGAUGUUACCAAUGACAAGGAACUCGCAAACAUCCUUCAUUGUGACCUCCAGACUGCAAGCGGCAUGGCAAAUCACUUCCGCAAGGAGAAAUAUCUCGUUUCUACUUCCGGGCCGAAGAAAGCAUCCUCUGGCAAGCGGUUUUCGCUGAACAAAGCUAACAGAGUGGUCGUUCUAAUGAUGAAGGAGUAUUUUGACCCUUUGUCAAAGAUUGCUCAUCAUAUUAAUCCAGUUCGUCUACAGUUCGAGCUUCCCCUAGCCCAGUCUGUAGCUCAACAGCCAACGAAUGGGGCAGCUGGUAGUCCCGAGGGUGCUUCCGUAGGCCGGCGGUAUGUGUUCCGACAACGAACUGACAGCCAAAUGGCACAAGCCGAUGGAGACAGCACGGCCCAGAGGACUACGGCUUUCACCAGGAAGAGAGACCGGAGCGGAGAGAACACUGCCGAAGCAAUGACGCCGAAACGACUUCGACCUUCGGAAUCAAUGGCCGUCCUCAAUGCUGGAGAUCCUUCCCCGAUGCGCUAA